CGCUCACCCACCGCCAUAGAGGCGUGGACAACAGUAACAAACAACUGACAAAGCUUCGGCAACUUUCGCGCUUCUUACGAGUAAAUUUCGCGCGCUAGAAUAGCAUUUCUUCAGUCAUUUUAAGACAUUAUGGUGCCUUAAAUCCUCGGGAGCUCCCUGGAACUUCAAAGGUGUGACUUUACCGAGUCUGAGUCCAGUUCGGAGGUUGCGAAGUGUGCUAGCUAGGGCGGAACUCGGAACUAGGACACUUGGAAGGAGUCUUUCUGCCUCUUGAUAAUUUAUCCCAGCUGUUGUGACAACCUCCCUGGGUUGUUGUUUACUCUGACCGGCUCUGCUGUACAGGUGUUCCUAUCGGAAACUGUGAUAUUCCGCUGUGUUUUUACUAGCUGAAGACGAGGGAACGCAGAAGAAGAAGCCAAGAUGCCUGACACCGGAAAAACUGACAUGGAGCGGCUGGGGAUCUUCCAGGAGAUGGGCUAUACCACCAUCGGGGACAAGUACAAACUGCCCAAAAUGAACUUUAACGAUGCCGCGGGGAAAGGCAAGCAGAUGUUACCGGGCGGGAGUAAGACGCGGACGGCGCGGCAGGACGGUUACUUCGACAAAACGUUCAACCGCGUGAUGGAAGCCGAGGCGUACACCGACCCCAUCAAGCUGCGCCGGCAACACAGGCUCAAGGAGGCCAAGAAGAACCUCGGCAAACCCUUCCUGCCGAGUAACGGGGAUAAGAAACCCUCUGGCCUUGGGAAUUCUUACGGAACAUUUGCCGGACCUGUCGGUGCCUUUUCUCCCGUGGCUCGCCCGAGGAAAGCGUACGUGACGCCGGGGAAAAACGUGCUGACAAACCCGCCGAAGAACGGAACAGGCUACGGCUAUCCCAACGUGACGCUGGGUAAGGGGGCCCCCUACGCGCCCGACCCAUACGAGCGCGCCAAGGACAUCAGAAAUCGAGAAAUGGAUGGUUCCAAGAAGCUGAUGAAGGGGUCAGCAUUCCGGUUGAACCUGGCGCCGAAGGAUUACUUCGACGGGAACCCGUACCGGUCCGACCGGCCGCUGCCGCCCUCCAAGAAGAUGCCGAGCGGCAAGAGAGACUUCAAACCCUUCAAACCCAGCUCCCCUGCCAAGAGGGUCGGAGGCAUGAAGGCUGGGACCUUUGACCCUUACCCUUCGCACUCCAACGACCCCUACGUGGUGAAGCAGAAGCGAGCGAUCACCACCAACAAGGAGGGGAAGAUCUUCCACCCGUCACCCGGCCCCAAGACCGCGCCCACAAACUCUAUCAUGGAGUCCAACGUCGUCAAGCGGCUGAACACCAGUAACUAUCGUCAGCUGGCAGCUCAAGGUUACACGUCUUUCCCCUCCAUGCAGACGAGGACGCACACGGCACCCAGCUUUAUCACCACAGCAGCAUAAACCCCAAACAUAGCCUCAGGGGGUGUGGAGGGGGUUACCAGCUAACUUUCUGUUGAAAUUCUCCUGGGAUUCGUUACUUGGCUCUGGUGAUGCAGUAAAAUAUUUUUCUUCCAGAAUGAAAUUCUAACAUGACGAAAUCUUAGUAGGACCAAUAUGCUAGAAAACCCCAUCCACACCCACUUAUUAGAGGGCGUGAAAGGGGGUUACAAGUGAUCAUGUUCAGUGAAAAUUGUCCUGGCCUUUAGUUUCUUGGCUCAGAACAAAUCAGCAGUAAAAAUUUCAGGAAGAAAUGCCAUCCACACCCUCAGUCUUUUUAGUUACAUGUACUUUGUUUUUGCCAGGUCCAUAUGGUAUCCAUGUCUUAUGCACAAAGUUAUUUUAGUUACAUGUUUAGUAUUAUUUACAUAUCCUUUGAUAAUAUUCAUAUCUCUGAUUUUGGUACGCAAAUAUUCUGAUCUUUUUAUUACAGACUAUAAGAAAAUUCUCUAUUUUGUAAUCCAGGCAUUUGGCUGCUACUAGAUAAUGUAAGUUUUUUACACAUGACACCUCCCAGGCCUGUGCGGAUAGCACAAUAAAGACAUAUACUAGAAGUAACAAGUGUCUGCAAAAAGGGUUAGGACUUUAGGGUACUGAUACAUUAAGUAUUGUAAACCUCAGAGCCUGUACCCUAUGGUACCCUCUUGAUGUGUUAUCAAAGAGACUUUUAUCCUGUAUUAUCGGUGCCAUUUUAUCAGGGGUGGCUUUGUUGUAAUUAUCCGUAAGACAUUUAUUUCUAAUUUCAAGUACAUACAGAUGCCUCUAUGUGGGAUGUACAUGUAGUUUGGUUUAUACAAUCUUAUUGUGAUCAGUAUGGACUUGUUUAACAUAUCACACUGUUGCAUGGAGAAAACGUAUGUUUUUGUAUAAAUACUGAAUCUACUUUGUGGUGACCACGUCUUGCUGUGAACACUUAAUACUGUUCAGAUGGAAUAUCAUGUAUAUAUGACAUUAAAGUUCUUUUAGACUAAAA